UACAGUAUACUGUGCAAAUAAUGGCUUUUGUAUAAUGAUAAUAAUUAUCGUAUUUUUAUGUACCACGAUACGUACAAGGUCGUCUGUACGUUCUCUUACUCGUUAGUACUCGAUAACACAUGCACAGAGUACUAGCAGCUAGCAACUCCACCACACGAGGUAGCUGUUUGCAGUGGCCCCGCCUACAGAUACGGUUUGCCAAGCCACCUCGUGCGGUGGAGCUGCUGACUUUGUAACGCCAAGAUGCUGUUCGAAAUUUCGAAUUUGAGCCGAACUCGUUGCUAGCGGCCCAACAUUUUUACACUGCCCCUGUUCAUGUUUAUUUUCACGAAGGUGAGGUUGCAAAACUCAAGCAGCAAGAACCUGCGAGGUUUUUUAUUAGUUACAAAUUAUACGUCCCGUUCAGAAAUUCCUCUCAUCGCCCGUUCAGAAAUUCGACCCGUUGCUCAGUCCGGUUCAUAAAUUCGUCCUGCGACCUGAGAUACCGUGUAAAGUAUGGAGAGUGGCGAGCCAGUUGCAUCUCGUUCUGUCUCCGAAGGGGAACUGAUAAUAUCGUGCCAGCCAUGGGUGUGGGCCUUCGGAUCGGCAGGGUACAAAAAGCGCUGUGCAAACUGUUUCCAGUCGCGCGACACACUAAGCAGAUGCUCCCGAUGCAAAGUGCAUGGCUACUGCGACGAAGAUUGCCAGAAGCAAGACUGGGACAGGGAGCACAAAACGGAAUGUCGCAUGCUCCAAGGCGUCGCCGCUUCCAUCGAGGCGUCGAACGGAUUCAACUCGGAGGAAGAGAGCUGUAUGCCUGGGACUUUGCUGUUGGUUGCCAAAAUCGCCAACAAAAUCAAAAGAAAUGCUCUGUGUGACCUUCCUGGACGGGGCAGCAUGACCGCUCAGCAGGUUCUGGACAUGUUCCCUACCAAUCCAGCUUCAAAUUCGGACGUGUCAAUGGGCGGGUGGUCCCUUUUGGGGCAGAAGUUGCAGACACCCGUGCUGACUAUGCUGGAGUACUUGAAACUGGUGCGCCAUGAAGCCUUCCCUAUUCGUGCCGCGGAGGACGUGUGCGUGGGCAUCGCCCUCUUCCCCACGGUACGCUAUCGGGCUAUGACACCGGUGUGCUCGGAUGUCAGUGUGACCAUGUGUAUGACCUGGCGCUCAUUGAUGGUGUACGCGACGGAGGACAUCCCGCAUUACUCCGGAUUGCAGGAUUUGCGAUGCAAUGUGCUGAAUUUCCAUCCGUUUCUGAUGUCGUCGAUGCAGCGCCGUGCUUGUUUUCAGCAGAGAAACGGUCAAAGUUGCACAUGUCGUAAAUGCACACCAGAAUAUGAAGCGGACAUGAAUUUAAUGUACUGCAUUACGCCUGGAUGCAGCCAGCGUAUUCCAAGCGAUCUGCGAGCGUUGAAGCCAUGCCCCAAGUGUGGGGCAACUAACAACGCCCAGCUGGUGAAAUUUCGCCAUUUAAUGGACACGUAUGACGCCAUCUGGCGUGGCGGUCUGGCUCCGGCGGACCAGGUGGAGCCGAAGGGAAAACUUUUCGAAGAAAUUGAGGCGGCCGGGGUUCUGUAUCCGGACGCCCAUUUACGGUAUAUCUGUGGGUUCCCCGGACAUUCCGCGAGGCUCUUCACCGAUUUCACCCGGUUCGAUGCGGACUGGACGUUGUUACAGGAGAUGGUCGCCUGCUUGCGGAAGGUUCAUCCGAAGCUGGACCUGACGCGGGCCACCAAUUUGCUGGGAGCCGCAUUCGACGUGAUGCGGUUCUUGCUGAAGGCCGUCCAGGGCGCGGAUCCGACGCAGCCCGCAUCUGAAUCCGGUCGGGCCGCGGCCCUGAUGAGCACGGUACGUCCGGUCGCCAACAGCUGGUACCGAGAAGCCUGCGAUAUCUACGAUAAACUGCUGGGCCCGGGCUCGCAUGCCGGACGUUCGGAUAUCAUGCUGGGCAUGUUCGAAAUGGAUGUGUUGUAUGGAUUGUAGAUUGCAAGGAACGGCUACAGGAAUACGAUGAGCUGUGCCGUUGUGUGAUGAAUGAGUGCAGUUAUUUUUUACUUAAACGCUUCUUUCAUUUUCUGACAUUUUUCUACGUACUCGUAUAUGAGACUUAAAGGGCGACGUAAUUCUUAGAUUUGCGUGACUACAGUGCUUAUAGAAUUAUAUGUUAUGUACAUUUACCUACUGUACACGUAAGUGAAAAGUGUGCAAUGUUCAGAAAAGAUAUUCAUAUAAUAUGAAUAUCUUCAUAAUAAUAUUAUUAUGUACGCACGCAAACACUCUUAUUACUGC